AUUCAGAGUUCUUCACUCAGCAGAGCAGAGAGAAAGAAGAGCUUUCUGGUUUUCUUCCUCCUCUUGGUUUUGUUAGUGUGUAGGGUACAGUGACAGUAGAACUGGCAGGCAUUGGUGUAGCAGAGAAAAGUUUCUUACCGCUACAGUUAGAAUUGUGUUCCUUGAGUAAAAUCACCCCCUCUGAGCACAAUGUUACGGCGGAGACCCUCAAAUGCCUCAGAGAAGGAGCAGGGCCAGGUGCAGAAGAAGAAGCUUACACUGCAGAGGUCCAGUAGCUUUAAAGACUUCAUGAAGCCCAAGCCAUCUUCACCUGUGGUGAAUCCUGAGCUCACCCUGGAAGAGUCGCUGCCAGAGGGUGAAGUCCAAGAGAACACUGAAAAAAACAGUGGAAAGUUGGGGAAGAAAUGGAGGAACGUCAUUACUCGCACCAUGACAAGGAAGACAUCCAAGAUGGUACAGAAAGUUCUUGCAGAGGAAGGGAUUGAGAGUGGAGAGGAUAGCUCAGUGUCUCCUGUAUCCCCUAAUGACUGGACACCAGACCUGAGUGCUGGAAACCGGGUAUCUGUGUGUUCUAAUAGUUCAGAAGACACCAUACAUUCGCCUCUGUGCCGCCAGUUCUCUGGAUGUGGGGACAGGCAAAGUCUGGACAGUGGCUUCAGUCAGAGGGACAGCAUGGACAGCACUUAUAAUGGACCAUUUUGUGGCAGGGCCCGUGUGCACACUGACUUCACCCCCAGCCCUUACGACAUCGACUCCCUCAAACUGCAGAAAGGCGAUAUUAUACAGAUCAUUGAGAAGCCACCAGUAGGCACUUGGACUGGUAAGCUCAACAACAAAGUGGGCUCCUUCAAGUUCAUAUACGUCACUGUGCUCCCAGAGGAGGACACACCACCGAGGAGGAAGCGAUGCCAUAGUCAGGGACGGUGCAAUAAACCCAAACCGAAAACACUGGAGGAAGUUUUGGAUAGGAUUGGCCUAAAAGACCUUGAACCUCUUCUCUCCAUGCAUGGUUUCCAAAGUUUGGAGGACUUUAGUGGACUGAAGGAAUCCCACCUGAAUGAGCUGAACAUCACAGAUCCUGAGCAGCGCACCAAGAUACUGACAGCAGCCGAACUGUUUGUUGAACAAGAUUCUGAAGGAGAGUCUGAUGAAGAGAAGGAGAGAACUGAGGAGAAGGUUGAUAUGCCACGGGACUCAGGUUGCUAUGAGAGCACAGAAAACCUGGUGAAUGGGCGUGAGGAGGCCGAAACAGAGCCCAAAACAGAACCUGGUGCAGACGAAGAUGUAAAAACAGACACACAGCUGGAAACGGUUCAGGAGAAGCUGCAAGACCUGACUGUGGAGGAGUCCUGAGAGCAUUGAAUCAACACUGGAAAACUCUACUGCUGUGCUUCAGUGCCUCCAUUUCCUUCACUCAUGGAUCAGACGUGUUUGUAGCAGCCCAACUCCCAUGACAAACCUACUUCAAAUGUAAAGUCGUGAAUGCUGAAUUACAGUCAACAUGAAUAUACAGCAAUCAGAUUUCUAAUGGAUGCAGCAGGGAGGUUUUAUAAUGUCUUCUCACUGAAUGGACAUUUUGUUUUUAUCAUUCUGAGAAAAUCCUUCACAAGAUUUCAAUGGUUUUUACAUGAAUUACACUGUAAACGGAAUAGAAAUGGACAGUGACACUUGGUUUGGUUGAGGUCAUAAAUUUGUCUGGUCUUAAUGACGCUAUGUAGUAAAAAUUGGAUUACUAUAUAGUACUAUAUAAUAAUUUAAUUUCUUUCUAUAUAGUUAUGAUGUAAAUUGAAAUAUGAGAAAUGUUUCAUCUUUAUAACUACUUAAUGUAAUAUUUUAAAAUGUGAUUUCAUUAUGAAUGUAUAAUGCAGUAUGACGUAUUGUUAUAUUUACAUUUUUUAGGUUUUUUUACAUAUGUACAAGACAACCUGUAUACAUUGAGACUGUAAGAGUGCUGGCUGUAGUUAUGCUUUAUGACAGUCUUUGUUCUAUACAAGUACCAUCAUGGAUUGCUGUAUGUAUUUUUUCCAUAUUUUUGUCAUUUCUACUGUAGUUCUUACCUUUCUGUCAUAUAUUUGUUUGUGAUGUCUUGUUUUUAUAAAUAUUUUACAAACAUUAGUAAAGAGUUUACCCAGAGGAGAUACGUCCGGUAUCAGUCGAAACUUCAGACACACCUCAGCGUUUUUUAUGAUCUAUUGAGCUAAAGGCUUAUUCAUGAAAUUGGUUUCUAUUAUAAAUAAAAGUUGUGAAGUCAA